AUAACUUAGUGCUGAAGCUUCUGGCUGUCAGGGGGGAAGGAAUGUGGGAUUUACUAAGGUGGACGCACUUCGUGCUUCUGACACAUAUAUAUUUUUUUUAAGUGCUGUUGUUUUCUGCUACUCUGACGAUCUUUUUUUCUUCAGUGGUGUUUCUGAAAUGAUCAAGACCGUGGGAAGGUAUUUAAUCUUCUGAGUUGGAAUUGCUGGAAGAGGUCCUCUUGUUUUUCUCCUUCAGGCUGUUCAAAAGGACUUAAGUGAAGGGGAAAUUGUCAAGAUGGCAGCAGAAGCAAAAACAGGAUGGUUAUCUUAGAAACGUGCUGCUGAAUUAUCUGUAUUUUAUUACCAGGAACUGAAACCCUUAUUCUUAUGUAAGAUUUUAGUGCAGGUGGACUGGGGUUGUAAUUCCCUUCAAUGCACAGUUUGUAAACAAAUGGGAACUGGCAUGCCGUACUGCUAAAAUCUAGAGCUGCCUUUUUUUUUUUAUUUCUGCAAAACAGACCUACUCCGAUGGGGUUUUGUUGCAAAACUCCUAAUAGGAAAUGUAUGGUAAUUUGUAAAACUGUGGAUACGUUUGUAGCCAAGUUAAUGUGCCCUGGACUAUAUGUUUCAGGUUUCCUGUUCAGUGGAACUGCUAUAAACAGCCCUGAGUACAGAGGAAGGUAACAACUCUGCAUGCACUGAAAUGUGGCAGCAAUUAUAAAUUUUCAGUUUGUCUAGAUUUUCUUUUAAUUUGCAAAUUUUAAAGUCUGUAAAAAAUCGGAUUGAUGGAAGGGGAUGCUGGCAAAGAUCACCUGUUAAUCUUUUAAUCUGUGGAAUACAUAUAUAUCUAUCAGGCGCAAUAAAUACAAGCAAGGAGAAUAAAGAUGGCAGAAGCACUUUCUCCUUCGCCUUGUUCUCCUCUGGAAAUGGAGUUAGAUCCAGAGUUUGAGCCCCAGAGUAGACCAAGGUCAUGUACCUGGCCUCUGCGGGGGCAAGAACUACAGUCAAAUGCCAUGAAGUCAGGGGUAGAAUCAGAGGUCUCGUGCAUUAUUCCUGAGGAAGAAGAUGACGAUGAUGAAAGUGGCAUAUCCAUUCCCUCUGGCACCUCUGCAGGCAUCAUGACCAGCUUAGGGGAUGAGCAGAACAUCAGUGCUUCUGGUACCCCUCAGCUGGAAAUUAUCAACCCGGCAUCAUCUGGUCAAGAGAGUUCAUCAUCAUCUUCACCUUCGUCUUCCCAGUUUUUGUCCAAUUCCCCAGGUGCCUCUGGGAGCAGUCUUGGCAGUAGUACUGGCUCCCAGCAGCAGCAGAGGAAAGUAACAUCUCGCAGGAAUGCUUGGGGAAACCUGUCAUAUGCGGACCUAAUAACAAAAGCCAUAGAGAGUUCUUCAGAAAAGAGACUUACUUUGUCUCAGAUCUAUGACUGGAUGGUUAAGAAUGUUCCUUACUUCAAGGAUAAAGGGGACAGCAACAGCUCUGCAGGUUGGAAGAACUCAAUCCGACACAAUCUCUCACUCCAUAGCCGAUUCAUAAGGGUCCAGAAUGAAGGUACUGGGAAGAGCUCCUGGUGGAUGAUCAACCCGGAAGGAGGGAAAGGUGGAAAGGUCCCACGGAGGCGUGCGGCUUCCAUGGACAACAGCAACAAAUAUACAAAAAGCAAAGGAAGAGCAGCCAAAAAGAAGGCAACUUUGCAAGCAUCACAGGAAGUAAAAGCUGACAGUCCUACUCAGCUUCUAAAAUGGCCUGGCAGUCCUACUUCACGCAGCAGUGAUGAGUUAGAUGCAUGGUCAGAUUUCCGCUCUCGCACUAACUCAAAUGCAAGUACUAUAAGUGGACGCUUGUCUCCCAUUAUAGCCAGUGCUGAGCACGAUGAUGUCCAGGAUGAUGAUGAUGCUGCUCCACUUUCCCCAAUGCUGUACCCUAGUCCUACCCAUAUGUCUCCCACUGUAAAUAAACCCAGUGCUGCUGAUUUGCCCUGUAUCAUGGAUCUGACAUGCAAUUUAAACUUGAAGGAUGGACUUGGAAAUACCCUCAUGGAUGACUUUUUAGAUAAUAUCCAUCUCCCCUCUUCCCAGCAGUCCUCUCCAGGAAGCCUCGUUCAAAAGAACUCAAAUUUUACAUACAGCUCCAAAGGCUCCAGUCUCAGUCCAACAUCUGGUACCUUCAAUAAUUCCAUUUUUAGUGGCUCUGCAUUGACUUCCCUAAGGCAAACUCCCAUGCAAACAAUUCAGGAAAACAAACAGACCACCUUUUCAUCCCAUUAUGGGAACCAACAAUUGCAGGAUCUACUUACAUCUGAUUCUUUAAGCCACAGUGAUGUACUGAUGACACAGUCUGAUCCAUUAAUGUCACAGGCCAGCACAGCAGUAGCAGUCCAGAAUUCACAUCGAAAUUUGAUGCUUCGCAGUGACCCAAUGAUGUCUUUUGCUGGUCAGUCAAAUCAGGGAAAUUUGUCCAAUCAGAACUUACUUCAUCAACAGACUCCAUCACAAAGUUCUUCCCUUAACAGUAACCGUACUAAUUCCAUGAACAAUGCAGGCUUAAAUGACUCCAACAACAUGAUCUCAGUGAAAAGUCAGCAGCAAUCACCAAGUGGUCAAUCUAUGCAAAUGGGACUUUCUGAUUCAUUCUCAGGCUCUUCCUUGUAUUCAAAUAGCAUGAGCCUUCCAUCUUUGGGCCAAGACAGAUUCCCAAGUGACCUGGACCUUGAUAUGUUUAAUGGACCCUUGGAAUGUGAUGUGGAGUCCAUCAUUCGCAAUGAACUCAUGGAUGCAGAUGAGUUAGAUUUUAACUUUGAUACUCUCAUCUCAUCUCAGAAUAUGGGUGGCCUGAAUGUGGGAACGUUUCCUGGUACUAAGCAGACUUCCUCACAGAGUUGGGUGCCUGGCUGAAGGACCUGUACAAGGGAAAAGCUGAGUAAAUCAGGCCCGAGCUGUGUUACAUAAAUAAAAUGACAACAGCAACAAAAAACAGAAUCCUUUGCCAAAUCUACAGUCAGCAAGAUGAGGGCAGUGGUCCGUUUAUAUUGUAUGAUCAUUUGGAAUCAUAUACCAUUCUCCUAUAAAAAAAUAAUAAAAAUGACCAGUAAUUGCCACUGGAACUGCACCUGAUUUGAAUAUCCAGUCGUGUACCUUUUUCAUGUAAUAAUAAUGAAGCAGAGAUUGCAACUGGAACUCUACCUGACUUGAAGACUCAUGAAGACGUAUAAUCUUCUGAAGACUGCAAUCUUCACUUGAGAAACAAACAAACAAACAAAAAGCAAAGCAUUAGACUUUAGUGCUGAGAUUUAACUGUCAUCUUAUUAGUGCUACGUAGCCUUUUACAGUAGUUUCUGUACAAGUCAGUCAUGUUACAGUAGAGUACAGUAUGUUAAACUCAUGGUUUGUGGGCGCACUUUCUUUUUGCUUUAUUUAGUUCUUUUAACAUUUAUUGUAGGCCUUUGUUUAACCAUGUUUUAGCUGAUUACCUUUUCAGUAAAUCUGCUGAGCUGAAUGCAAAUAGGAACGAAAUACUUUGUGUGACUUUAACCUUCCUGCUUUAGAAUCUUAGUGUACCUACAGACUUCAUUAUACUAAUAGAAUUAACUUUAAAAAAGAAAAAAAAAGACUGAAAUAUCUUGUAAUGGAAAAUGACUUCUCCAUUUGCUAAAUGGUGCUGUUUUUAAUCUCAUGGUACAUCUAUUAAUAAAUGCACCAAAUCAGGGCUUAAUGUGUUGCAGGAGAACACGUACACAAACUGUUUGUCUACUGUUUGAAGUGCUGAGGUAGGGUGACUGUCUUACUUUCUGCUUACUUGCGACCUUUGUUGCUAUAGCCAAAUUUGUUCUAACCUUCCAUGUUGUUUUUGUAGCUUGGCCCAUUGGGUAUUAAACAGUGUUGAAUUAUCAUGGUAGGUUAGGACCCAGCUGUCCAUGGAAUACUUUUGUCAGAAUCUGACACUGAAUUAAUUACUGCUCCUCAUUAAAUAAGCUAUUUUUAUCAUUGCCAAGUGCCCAGGCACUGUUAAUGGUCCUGACAGCCAGCUGAAAUCCUGUUGUAAUUUUAACUGCAUUGCACUACAAAAAAGUAUAUAUUUAAUGCCUCAUUCUUCUAACCCCUCAAAUAUACAAUGUUUACAUGUUAGCAUAAGCAUCUGUGAGUGUGAAUGUUUUCUUUAUCCUCAUGGUGUUCCACAGUUUACCUUUCCAUAACAAAUAACACCUGCACACUAAAUAUAUAUAUAUAUAUAUA